AUGGACGGCACGCCGACUCUGACCACGGCCGCCGACCUGGAGAUGCGGGCGGCUCGUGUGGCUGAUCCUGGGACAGACUUGAAGACGAAACUCAAUGUUGCCUAUGAGCUGCGAGAGAUGAUAGACGUAGUGCGGGAAGCCGAGGCAGCUCGCGUCAUCCCUCAUAUGGUUCCGAUCCUCUUGGACAUCCUCAGGUCCGGAGAGGUUGCUUACAACAAGGACUCAGUCGAGUUUCAGUUCAGGCGUUGCCUGCUGGACAUAAUUCACCGCUUACCUUCGAACGAGGGAGUGAAGCCUCAAGCCGGUCCUCUCUUCUCCGGCAUGCUCUAUCUGCUGCGUACCGACAACGAGGAGAAUGGCAGCGUUUGCUGCAAAAUCAUCGGCGACAUCGUGCGCUCCUACAGGGUACUCACCGAUGAAUUGCUCAAAGAGUACUUGGACCUAUACGCAGAGGUCCUCCGCAACAUCCAGGGAUUAGUCGACGAAACACUAUCGGAGGAGUCUGCUGUCGCGGAUCCCAAUGUAGCACUUCCUGCUCAGCGUAGCUUCAAAGUCCUGGGAGAGUACGCCAUGGCGACUGUCUCCCUCACUCAGACGUACAGACAAAUGGUCCUCCCUGCGCUACAGGCGCUUCUUCCUCUGAACGUCUCUGUCUUGAUGGUCGAAGCGCCUGUCCAACGAAAGGCCAAGGAGGAUCACGAAGCCAUGGGUGGUCACUGGGCGGGAAUGGCACCUGGCUUCAAAAGUCCGACUGUUUACGCCGACUUCACGUCUUCGCAAAUCAAGUUGCUUUCAUGCCUGGCAUUCAUGUAUCGCGGAGGAACAGAACAGUUCGGCGCAGAGGGAGAUACCUUGGCUAUCACCUGCGUUCGCCUACUCCAAGAUUGUCCUCCAAUGGCAAUUGCUGCACGACGAGAUUUGAUGGUCGUAUUUCGACAUCUGCUGAGCACUCACUACCGCCGGGCUAUAAUCCCCUAUAUCGAUAAAAUAUUCGAUGAUCGAGUACUUUGGGGUACAGGUGUGGGCUGCAGAGAAGCCAUUAGGCAGAACGCCUUCGCGUGUGCAGGCGACCUUGCCCACCACCUCCGAACGGACAUGACCCCAGCACAGCUCACGAACGUCUGCCAGCUCUUCCUGCGCCACUUGCUAGAUCCUCGCCUUCCUGAUGCUUUGCAUCAUCUGUGCGCCAAGGUCAUCUUCGGGCUCAUAGACCAAAUCGUCAUGAAGGACACUCAGCCGAAUGCCGCGCGAACCAUCCGGUCCGUGCUGGAUGCGACAGUGGACAAAAUGAGCAGCAUUGCGGAUGUUCAAGCAUAUCUGGCGAACAAGAUAGCCAACCUGAGCAAGACGGAGAAAGGGAAGGACGACGAAGGUGCCGUGGACUAUACGACCAUCGAGAAGGCAAGACCCGUUGGCGGUGCUAUGUACGCUGUCGAAAAGACAAGCGACGCUCUUAUCGGACAUCGUCAGCUUGUUCGAACGUUGAUGCCUGGAUUUCAAAGUGACGCACCUGUCCCAGACGGUACCAUUGUCUCGCGCCUGUUCGAUAGCUCUAUCCGCUGUGUUGCAGCUUUCGACGGCGAGCCUCGAGAAGCUCAUGAGGCCUUAGAAUGGCUAGGAAAUGGCCUGAUCGAGGUCAACCUGCACGUCUUUCAAGAAGUUUGGACUCAGAAAAUCGAGUUUUUCUUCGCAUAUACCGAGAAACAUCCAGUCCUGAUGCACCUGGCGCAAGUACUUUUCAGCAGGGAGUCGAGUUCUCCAACACUCGUCGCAAUCGUGCUUCGAUUUCUCGUCAAUCACCUACCCGAGCUCGGCGACCAUGAUGACAAGACCGCCGCCGUCGUCAUCCGCAUGUUCAAGUUAACCUUCGGUGCUGUCGGGCUCUUCCCUACGGCUAACGAACCCAUCCUGGCUUCCCAUCUGGGCAAGCUGAUUAUGGACUGCUUCCCGCUAGCCGCGAAGGCCGCGAAGCCCACGAACUAUUUCCUACUCCUCAGGCUUCUCUUUCGAGCCAUCGGUGGAGGAGGAGGCAGAUUCGAGCUACUCUACAAAGAGGUCCUGCCUCUACUUCCCGAGAUGUUGGAAUGCCUGAACCGUCAGCUGCUCAUAUCCGAGGGCUCCACUCGCGAUCUUGUCGCAGAACUGUGCCUCACUGUCCCAUUACGCCUCACGCACCUCCUCCCUUACCUCUCGUACUUAAUGCGUCCUCUCGUUCUCGCGCUGCAGGGAACACUAGAGAUGGUAUCCCAAGGCCUUCGCACUUUGGAGUUAUGCAUCGACAACCUCACUCCGGACUUCCUGGACCCAACUCUGAAUACGGUCCUUCGAGAGCUGAUGGAAGCGCUGCACAAGCAACUGAAGCCACUUCCCGCGAACCACCAACAUUCUCAUACCACCAUUCGUAUUUUGGGUAAACUUGGUGGGCGAAAUCGACGGCUUUUGGACAAGGAGCCCUCGCUUGAUUACCUCCAUCACUCCGAUUUGACGAAGGCUCGAGUAUCGUUUGGAGGGGUCAUGCAGGCCAUCGAGCUCAGCCCUGUCGUUGCCUUAGCGCAAACCACUCUCGUCAGUGCGAGGGGCGGGACUGCAUACCGUCUGCAUGCGUACAACUAUCUGGAGACGUGCCUUGCUCUGCUCCUCCAUGAGGGGAUAAGGAGUCGCGAUAGGGAACAAGUUUUCCUGACAUGUCUGGAGGGCCUUCAUGACGCGAUCCACAUAGAAGGUCUGAAGGAGCAGGCCGAGAAGACGCUGCAGGACGUGUCGAGAUGUAUCGUCUUCUCUGAAGUGCGCCGAAAUUCGUCCAAGGAUCCCGCCCUCAGAAGGUAUCCGAGUCAGCAGUUGACAUGUUUCCUCGACGCGAUGCCUCACGGACUUGCCCGCGACAAUGCUGUGGAAGCACAGAAGGCCCAGGAGCUACUCUCCGCUCUCCUCAAUGAAUUGGUAGACAUGUCGAACUCGCCAGACGUGACUACGCAGGACAUCGCGCCGACUCUCAGCCAAGUCGCCGCUCGUUUCAGCGCACUCUGUCUAGAAGAUGCCUGGGUGCGGAGAGCCGCUGGUUGUAGCGGAAUCCGUAUCAUGACUCGCAUUCCGGGACUAGGAGUUAAAUGGGUCAAUGAUCGCGAGCUUGAUCUCAUCCGUGUCCUUCUGUGUGUCCUGAAGGAUAUGCAGUAUGAUCUCCCUCGUGACGUAGAACACGUCGUUGGUGUUCUGCUGGAAGUCAUCCGCGUUGGAGUCACGGAGUCCCCGCCAUUGGGUGAAGAAGGGUCCUCGGCCAGGAUGAAGCUUGCGGUCCUCAUGAACAUCAUUAUGGCAGAACUCGCUAGCUCCAGCGCCAUAGUUCGUACCGCGGCGCAGAAGUGCGUCGAGCUCCUAGCUGAGCUCUACCACAAACGACCGGCGGAACUCUUCAUGUCCAAUCGCGAUCGACUCUUGUCCCAGCUCUACACCAAGCCCCUCCGUGCCCUACCGUUCCAGAUGCAGAUCGGAAUUAUCGAGGCUGUCAGGUACUGCAUCAGCCUGCAACCACCCCUGCCCGAGCUGAAUGACGAGCUGCUUCGUCUUCUUCACGAGACCUUGGCUCUGGCAGAUGCCGACGACCUGGCUCUGGUCGGGAGGAAUAACGCGAGACAAAUGAGCAUGGAGAUCAUCAAGCUUCGAGUAGCAUGCAUCAAGCUGUUGACUGCGUCCAUGCCGCUGACGGAUUUCUUUGCCAAGCAACAUCAGACGCGCCAGAGGGUCACAGGAGUGUACUUCAAAUCGCUUUACUCGCCGAAUGCAGAGGUCAAAGAGGUCGCACAUGAGGGUCUUCGUAUGGUCCUAACCCACCAAAGCAGACUGCCCAAGGAGCUUCUGCAGACAGGACUGCGGCCGAUUUUGAUGAAUUUAGCGGAUCCGAAGCGACUAUCUAUACCGGGGCUAGAGGGUCUGGCACGGUUGCUCGAAUUGCUCACGAACUACUUCAAGGUGGAAAUCGGUCACAAGCUACUCGACCAUUUCCGUGUCGUCGCCGAUCCUCAGAUGCUGCAGGCAUCUUCGAGACUGCCGCUUGUAGAGAAUGAGGGCAUCACAAAACUCGUCAGAUUGGCCAAUAUCUUCCACCUACUACCGUCAGCGGCGCACAUCUUCCUCGAGAACUUGGUGAACGCCAUCGUACAGACAGAAGCUCAGAUGCAUUUCUCUGGACAGAGCCCAUUUUCUGAGCCGCUCGCCAAGUACCUGGAUCGCUACCCAGUGGAGGCCGUCGAUUUCUUCAUGCGCCACCUCCACUUUCCUCGGCACGUCCGCACUCUUCGGAGCAUCUUGCAAGCCAAGCUAGCGGCCAACGUGCUGCGAGAACUUGCGUCUCGAACUUCAGUCAUCGUCUCCGUCUGUUUCGAAAGUCGAGACCCCAGCUUGGUCUUGCCUGGGCUGCUAGUGUGUGGCGACUUGGCGGAGCUGAUCCCGGGGUGGUUGGCAUCCAAUGCGUACGUCGUGGACGUUAUGCUAGCCUUGUGGGCUAUCGAGCCUACGGACAUUGAUCCGCUGGGCUCUGCCGUCGGCGACGUCAGGCAACGGUACUCUCUGCUGAUAUCGAUCCUCAUGCAGGCCCUGCAGCAGAUGCCGCGUAUCGACCUCCUGUUCUCCUUGGUGUCCGUCUUCUCGCGGAACCUUCCCUGGGACGUCGUCCGCGUUACUCAAUUCUUUUACCAACACGUUGCCUUCAGUGACGAUCUCGCAUUCCGGCGGAAUAUGCUCACUCGCUUCGUCAUCUGGUUCCGUGACGAGUCCGUUCCACAAUCGCAGAAGGUGUAUUUCAUCCAAUACGUGGUUACGCCGACGCUGUUAGUGCAUGCUACGCGCUCGUCGACAAAGCUGGGACUACUCGAUGAAAGCCUCGUCAACAAGAUACAUGUGCACAUAUGGCAACCAAUGAACGACGACGCGGCCUUUGCGCAAGAUGACGACAUCUUCAAGAUAGAGUUACUGCAUCUGACCACCGUCAUGGUACACCGCUACCCGGAAUACCUACAAGACGCAAAGAAAGAUAUCAUACGAUGUGCAUGGCAUUAUAUCACCAGCGAAGAUGCCAUCGUCAAGCAGACGGCGUACCUUCUCGCUGCCCGCUUCUUUGAGGCUUUCGAAGGACCUCAAAAGUUCCAUCUUCGUGUCUGGACAGGAUUGCUGAAGCCACCUCAUAUCGAAGCCAAGGCCCUUGUGCGGCAAGCCCUCGACAUCAUAGCACCUGUCCUGCUCCGAUCGCAAACCUUCGAUGGCGUUUUUCCACAGUGGGCGAGAACUACGCGUCGACUCCUCGCAGAAGAAGGUGCAGGGUGGCAGCAAGUCGCCCUCAUCUACCAUCUCAUUGUCCGGCAACGUUCGCUAUUCUAUCCUGUCAGGGCGCUAUUCAUACCUCACAUCGUCAACUACGUUUCAAAGCUUGGCCUAGGUCAGGGGUCGCAUGACAUCCGAACUCUCUACGAGUGUCGAUCCUUGUCGGUGGAGAUACUGCAGGUCGUCUUUGAUUGGGAGCAACAGGCGACAAACUCUGCUCCGGGCACAUACACGACUGAAGAUGCGAUGGAUACCGACUCUGCUGAAGAAGGCACUUGGAUCACUCCCUUGCCCUUGCGUGAGAGCAUAGUCAGCUACCUCGUACGGCUGUGCACCAUCGCACAUGAUGCGCAGACUCGUGCUGCCAUUUUGCCUCGAGCUCUCGAGCUCCUGCGGUCGAUCGUGGGGCCCAGAGGGUGGAGUGAUGUGACGUUCAAACUGCAUUUUUUCUCUCGUGCUCUUGAGCAGGUACGUAGCUCUGCUCAAACCUUCUUCAUCUCGUCUAAAAACUCUUCACAGAACGAAGUCAAGGGAGAUCCGGCAAUGCUUUCUCAAGCGCAGAGUUCGGCAAAAGUAUUGCAAGUCAUCUCCGCGGAAAAGGACGAUGCAUGGGUCAUGGCCAACGCCGGUAUCCUCUCUAGGCUUGUUCGCAAGGGACUUCUCAGCGAGGACAACCAUCUCCAGGACUCGCUGCAUGCCGUCUACGAUCGCCUCAUUCGCCUCUUCCCCGUUCCCAAAGAAGAUGAAGAACAACCGUCGGAAAUGCCCGAGUUUCACGCAUUUGUCUACACUUCUAUCAGCGAGAACUUGAGGAACACCGAGGAGUUACGGGCCAAUACUACGCCUGUCUUACGAGGCAUCUUGCUCAUGUUGAAGUCGAUCGUUCAGUUCACGCCUGAACGCAUAGAACCGUUCGCCGGACCUCUGAUGAAGCUCCUCAGCAGAUUAGCUCGAGAUCACAUCCAAUCCUCCCAAUCAACUUCUGGCUUCGAGCAGAAUGUGCGCCUGAUCAUGAACAUACUGGAGAUCUCGCAGUCGUCCGUGGCCUAUCUUGGAGAACAGAGGAAGUGGUUGCUUAGCGCCUUGGUUGCAUGUGCCGAAAAGUCGAAGAGCCAUAGCUUGUGCAAGGCCGUCCUCGAGAUUGCGAGAGAGUGGGCGAUGAACAAGCGAGACCCGUACCCUACCCCCAAAGAGAAAGCGACCCUGCUUCAGAAGAUGGCUGCGUUCGAGUUGCGUGGUGAUCGAGCCGAGUCCCUCUUCCACAUGUACCUCGAGUUGAUCUACGACAUCUACACUGAGCCAAGCUUACGACGGACAGAUCUCACCACGAAACUAGAGCAGUCCUUUCUCCUGGGCUGUCGAGCGACGGACCUAUCUCUGCGGGAACGCUUCAUUGACCUCAUGGACGUCAGCAUUCCUCGGUCGCUAUUCAGUCGCCUGACAUACAUCAUUGGUGUCCAGAGUUGGGAGGCAUUGGCCGACCAUAAUUGGAUGUUCCUUGCGCUACACUUACUCCUCGGCUCAGUUGACUCGGAUUGCGCCAUCGUUCCUGAUCGGAAAGGGUCUCUGGAGGAGUCAUUCACCUCUCCGCCUCUCGCCCCGGAGACUGCUUCAUCUCUGGUUCGACCCAUGCAGCGCCUGCUCUACCUCGAUCCGCAGAAGGUCCAUGACGUCUGGGUUUCCCUAUUUCCGUCGGCAUGGGCUUGUCUAUCCAGACGCGAGCAGACGGAUAUCACGCAUCACUUCAUCGCCUUGUUAAGCAAAGACUACCACGCCAAACAAGUCGAGCUACGCCCGAAUGUCAUCCAAACGUUGCUAGAGGGUGUUCUAGCGUGUUCACCACCGAUGAACCUUCCGCCACAUCUGGUGAAGUAUUUAGCGAAGACAUUCGGUGCCUGGCAUGUCGCCGCGGAGUACCUGACCUCCUCAUUGGAUCAUCUACGCGAGGACGAGGCCGUCGUUCGCGACACAGUCUACGACUCGCUCGCUGAGAUGUAUGCGGAGUUGGCCGAGGAAGAUAUCUUCUACGGCUUGUGGCGUCGUCACGCAUUGUAUCCGGAGACGAACAUAGCCGUAGCGUAUGAACAAUGCGGUAUGUGGGAGCAGGCUUCUAGUGUAUACGAGACAGCCCAGAGCAAGACGCGUACUGGCAAUAUCCCGUUUUCCGAGGCCGAAUUCUGCCUAUGGGAGGAUCACUGGAUGUUGGCAGCCGAGAAGCUGCAGCAAUGGGAGGUGCUCCAUGACCUGGCGCGUGCAGAGAACAACCAUGAACUGAUACUCGAGAGCGCGUGGCGUACCAAGGAUUGGGUGGACUCAGAGCAAUUGGGCCAGCUCGAAGAACAGAUCAACCUCCUGCCCGACGUAGCAACACCACGACGCAGGGUGUUCGAGGCGUUCAUUUACUUGGAGAGGACAUCCGGUACCGACAACUUCAAGACCGCCGACUUCACGAGGAUGAUGGAAGACGCCAUGCAACUGUCGCUCCGGAAGUGGACGAACUUGCCACCGCAUCUCUCUGCCGCUCAUGUCCCACUGUUGCAACACUUCCAGCAGUUUGUAGAAUUGCAAGAGGCAGUGUCAAUCUUCGGCUCCCUCGCCGGCACGGUGCCGCAGACUCUGGAAAGGAAAUCUGCAGAUCUCAAGAUGGUGCUCCAGGCAUGGCGAGAGCGAUUGCCUAACCAAUACGAUGAUAUCAGCAUAUGGAGCGACCUCGUUGCCUGGAGGCAGAAUGUUUUCAACGCCAUCAACAAGACGUAUAUCCCUAUGAUCAACAAUGGCUCUGCGGCAGGAGCUAGCGGUAGCAGCGCACCGACGUUUGGAUAUCGGGGAUACCACGAGACAGCUUGGAUCAUCAAUCGGUUUGCCCAUGUCGCUCGAAAACACGACCUAUUAGACGUUUGCUUCAGUCAACUCAACAGGAUUUAUACCCUGCCGAACAUUGAGAUAUCGGAAGCUUUCCUGAAGCUCAGAGAGCAAGCUCGAUGCCAUUACCAGAAGCCCGGCGACCUUCAGGCAGGACUAGAGGUCAUCAAUAAUACGAAUUUGAUCUACUUCUCCACCACCCAGAAAGCCGAGUUCUAUACGCUCAAAGCCAUGUUCUACGCCAAGUUCGGCCGCAACGAGGAAGCGAAUGCGGCAUUCGGACAAGCAAUCCAGCUAGACAUGAUGCAAGCGAAGGGAUGGGCCGCUUGGGGCAGACAUCAAGAUCGUCUAUUCAAAGAAAAUCCUGGCGAGAUGGUGCUCGCAGCGCAGGCUGUUCACUGCUAUCUUCAGGCUGCCGGCUUGUACAGGAACAGGAAGAGUCGACCGCUUCUCGCCCGCGUCCUGUGGCUCUUGAGUGUAGACGAUGGCAGUCUCACGAUCUCUCGAGCGUUUGACACCUACAAAGGUGACGCUGCCUACUGGUACUGGAUCACAUUGAUUCCACAACUUUGUCUCUCGCUCUCACAACGGGAGUUGAAACAAGCGCGGUACCUUCUGCUCAAUUUAGCCAAGCUUUAUCCUCAGGCCUUGUUCUUCCAGCUACGCACGACGAAGGAAGACUUGAAUCUGGCCAGGCAUCAGGCAGCGAAAGCAGCGGCGAUUGCUGCCCAACGUGCGGCUAACCAGCAUAGAAGCGAAGGCGGUCAUGAUAGCGCACUGGAUGCCAACGGCGACGUCAGGAUGGCUGAUGACACGAGUGCGGCGAUGCAGCAAUCACCUGCGCGUUCGACCGGUGCUGCGGGCGACUCUCGUCCCGCAGAUGCUGCGAUGCCGCAUGCUCCUCGCCAGUCGCCGGAUUACGUUGAGGAGGUGGUGCAGAUAUUGAAGACGGCUUUCCCGCUAUUGAUACUCAGCAUGGAAACAAUGGUGGACAAUAUCUCCAGCAGAUUCAGGGCGACGUCCGAAGAAGAGAUCUACAGGCUCACCUGCAUCCUUCUACAAGAUGCUGUGCAACACUCCAUGUCAAGAUACAACUCGGACGACGGUCAGCUGCAUCCCGCAACUGUGCAGACCAUCGAGAGGUUCGCACAGAGUCUGUCGGGGCCCAUUCGACAAAAUUGGGACGACGAUUUCAUCAAGGGGAAACCCACUCUGGCCGAAUUGAUCCAGCGGCUGCAGCGCUGGAGGGACAGAUAUGAAAAAUACCUUGAUGCAAGGCCCCGUGUCCAAUCUCUCGAUAUGCUGAGUCACCAUUUACUGGAAUUCCAGUACGGCAAAUGGGACGAGAUCGAAGUCCCGGGCCAAUACACUGAGGACAAGGAAAAUAAUCAGAACUUUGUUCGACUCCUCAAAUUUGGGCCGACAUUCGAGAAUUGCCGCACUCACGGGUAUUCCUGGAAGAGAUUCACUAUCUACGGCCAUGAUCACUCGAAGACCUCUUUUGCUGCUCAAAUUCCUGCUGCCAAGCAUUGUCGUCGGGAAGAACGUCUCAUGCAUCUGCUUCGUACCUUGAAUCUGACACUCUCCCGUAAGAAAGAGAGUAGGAAACGGAAUCUCCACUUCCAUCUUCCCGUCGCGGUCCCAUGCUCGAGUAAUCUGCGACUUCUCCAAAAUGAUGCCUCCUACAUCACGUUUGGAGACAUCUACGAUCAACACUGCGAGGAGUCCGGGAUCUCACGCGAGGACCCUGUCUUGAUGGCUAUAGAGAGACUCAGUUCAACCGCACGAGAGGCAUUCCGGGCAACGGGCAAGAAGGUUGGGGGGACCGAACUUAUCGCUUUGAGAAAGGAUAUCGCAGACGAGGUUGCUCUCAAGAUGGUCCCGCCAGACGUCAUCAGUCGAUAUAUGACAAGGAUCAUGAAUGGCCCCGGUGAACUGUGGCGUAUGCGCAAGCAAUUCGCACUUCAGAUCGCUUCCGCUAGCUUCGUGACCCACGCGCUGUCCCUCGCCGGUCGCUUGCCGCACCGUUUCCAUUUGUCUCGUGCAACUGGACUGAUCUACAUGUCCGAGGCGAUACCCAGCAUGUCGGGGCAAGCCCCGAUCCUUGCCAGCAACGACGUCGUACCUUUCCGGCUAACGCCCAGCAUGCAGCACUUUAUGGGUCACGUCUUGCUGGACGGUGUACUCGCGAUGGGUAUCAUGACGAUUGGGCGCUGCCUAACGGAACCAGAGUUCGAUCUCGAGUCACAUCUCUGUCUGUUUGCACGGGACGAGGUUCUGACAUUCCGCAUGAGACCGGUCGCUCAGGACGCUGGCUUCCGCGGUGCUGUGAAUAUGCUCAUCGAAGGAGUCGUCAAGCGAGUUGAGGUCUUGGGCUGCAAGGCGGAGCGCGACAACGCCAUCGGCGUGAAGGAUCCACAGAACCUGCCCAAUGUGCCCGUAGUGCAGACCGUGACGAACUUCAUAUCUACCGCAACGAACCCCGUGAAUCUCGCGAGAAUGCCGGAGACGUACCUGCCUUGGUUCUGA